UUGUCAGUCAAUAAAACGGUUGGGGGAAAGCCAAAUAAACCUGUUUUUAAGGGAGUGGGAACACAAACUGGGAGACAAUAAAGCCACCAAAUUGAGAUUCGGGAGAGACAACUCAUGACUAGCCAAAAAGGGAGAAAAAGCAACUUGAAUUUCUUUAUUUCAUUGUGCUUCCUGUCUUCAGGCAACUACAUCUCCAUAUUUUAAAAAGGACGGUUAAUUUGAUCUCAAAACUUUUACAGUGAUGUCAACGGAGAUUGAGAGCACGGUGAAAAGUUGCAGUAAAUUGGGAUGUGAAAUCCCAGAAAUCCAGUUUUACCUGAAUGAUUUGGUGAGGAAUGAUGUUAACAUACUGUUCAAAGGGUUAACUGUGAUUGAAGAGAAAUUUAAGAAUGUUCCAUGGUUUGCUAUGGGUGCUCCUGGUUCCUUUCAUGGCAGGCUUUACCCUAGGAAUUCCAUGCAUCUUGUUCAUUCCUCAUAUGGUGUAAACUGGCUCUCUAAGUCACAUCGAUUACUUCAAACGAAUUUAAAGGUACCAAAAUUGACAAAUGAAGGAGGGUUACCACUAAACAAGGGGAAGAUUUACAUAUCAAAAACCAGCCCUCCUGGAGUGAGAGAGGCAUACCUUUCUCAGUUUCAAGAAGACUUUCUUUUAUUCUUGAAAGGUCGAUCUCCAGAGAUGGUUUCUGAUGGCCGCAUGGUCUUGAUAUUUCAUGGAAGGAAAUCCGCAGAUCCCACACUCAAAGAGAGCUGCUACACUUGGGAAAUUUUAGCUGAGGCCAUAUCCUACCUGGUUUCACAGGGAGUGAUUAAUGAAGAGAAAUUAGACUCAUUCAAUGUACCGUACUACAUUCCCUCCCAAGAAGAAGCUCAAGAUAUAGUGGACAAGAAAGGUUCUUUCACAAUUGUGGCGGAGCGUGGAAGUACAUGGUCGAGACCAGAAGCUAGAGCUAGAAACCUCAGAGCCUUCACAGAGCCCAUGAUUUCACACCAGUCUGGAGAAGAGGUGAUGGACAAGUUAUAUGGUAAGGUCAUAGAUAUUCUUGUACUUAAGGAUUCCAAGCAAGGAAAUGAAACCAGUGGAGUUGGUAUUGUUCUUGAACUGAAAAAGAAAAAAAUUUGACCUCAGCCAAUGUAUCAUUCAGGAAAUAUUGAAGAAGAUAAUAUGGCAAUGGAAUCAAACUGAUAAACAUAUAUAGUUCUAUUAUUACUUUGCCUAGGAAUAAGAAGAAAUGUCUGGCAAACAUAACUACUAAAAUUAAGAGUCGAAUAUUAUAUCAACAGUUCGACAGUUCACACGUCUUUGGCUUUGUACAUCUUUCUCAGUUUCUAUAAAUCUUUGUUUUUGAUUCUUGAAAAAUCAUGAUCUCGAGAGCCGGUUCGUGAUGUUGGAAUGAAGAACAAAUUGUAGGAUAAUUAAAUCCAUGUUCCUCCAACAUGGUUUCCAAUUUUUCACUAUAUCCGAAAUAGGCAACAUGCAAACAUAACCAUAUUGAUUACAGAUUUAAUAACCCUUUUCACAUUGUCUUAGACUCUUAGGAAUUAUGAUUUUGUUCUCUUAUUCUCUCCUCCAUAUAUUGGCUGACUGAUGAAGGUCAGCAAAUAAAG